UGAUUCAGAGGAGAGGAAGAACUUGUGUUAAUGGCCAUCUUCGACCGUGACGACAACUUGGAAAAGAACAUCGGCAAACGAACUCUCGAGGAAAAGCAUUGUCUGAUCCUGCGAAUUAUUGACGAAGACUAGCGCACGUACGCACGAGUCGGGGUAGCGGUAUGGCAAUCAGACUGGAGAGAUGAGCAGUCGGUGCGUUGGCUGUUCAUCACAAGUAUGCAGAAAGCCUCUCUAUAAGGCGUGUUAUUAUUCCACAGCGACAGCCUACAUCAGGCUCACAUGGCUGGACUCGCCACAAGCAGACGACCUUUGUCAUACAACACAUCACGUCAAUGCUCUCCACUUCCUCACCGCACAACCUCCACCCAUUCGACUCCCUGUUUUGACACUUCCGCACAUACCCUCGCGUAUAAUCGGCGUAACGCAAAGAGAGUUCACUAAUGUAGCUCAGUGCGACCGAUCAUGCCAUUAUCUGGUGAGCUUUAGGAAGGCGAAAGUGGAAGAUCGUACGAGCGACGCACUUCUGCGCUGGCCGUCUGUGGAAGGCUGCUGCCGCAGGGCAGUGGAGAAAGCGGUGCGCGGUAAGAGCGGUGGAGAGGGUAUGUGGGCGAACGCAGGCGUGUGUAGCACUGCGUCAAAUAGAGUUCAGCUGGCUGCGCGUAACAUAUCAGCAAACAACAUUACCAGAAAAAAAAAAGAAUCAGCACUGUGGCUGUCUAGAAGAGGUGAGCUGAUCGGGAAAUCUGAUCGUGUACGAUCCUAAGAUUUUCAAGAUCUUCAUGAAUUCGAUUAAAUUCUCCGCAACCCAGCAGAUUGGAAUGGCAGUUCUUGUGCCCCGUGUACGCGAGCUUGUCGCGGGCGGACAGCAUGGACAGGGUGGGAGGGGAUAUGCAGGUAAGCGAGGAAUGUGGAGAAACGUGCAACGUUGACUUGCGUGUGCAUGCCUGUGGUGGCACGCUGGGCAGCGCUCGGGUGUGACAGGCGGAUGGUACAAGGGCGUUGGCGAUGCCCAACGUCAGGUCACUGGGUGGUGGCGUGAU